AGAUAGGUAUUAUACAGACUGGAAAAAAGUGGUAGGUAUGACAUAAGACGCGUGCCUUUUAUUGUUGACCACCUGAGGCCUGCCUCCGGGCUAUAUCUAUAUAGGAAGCCGGUACUAAUGUAUAGCUUUCGGUAUUACUAUACUCAUGUACAAUUUGUAAGCGGGUCAGUAGUCAGUAGUAGCGUAGAUUAGAGAGUAGAUUAGUAAAGUAGAUUGUUGAUUGUUGGUAGAAUUACACGUUACAACGUCACAGCUUCUGGAGCAGCAGCUAUUAUUGACAAGUUCUGCUGACCAUUACCAUUCACCAGUCAGUAAGUGAACAGGUCUGCAGCAGUCUGGGAUAUUCGUCAACAACAGGCUCUUUCAUCCCACUUUAUGGAAUGGAAGCUGGUGGAUUGCUAAAGUUCCUCUAUCUGUUUUGGUUGGAAACUAUGGCUUCAGCUCCAGUCGUGAUAGCUGCAGCAACAAAGCACAAUGCAACUAUCAUUUUCCUUCAUGGGCUUGGUGAUACCGGAAACGGUUGGGCUGGUGCCAUUGGAGAAAUCAGACCAUCCUUCAUGAAAGUUGUUUGUCCCACUGCGCCGACACAGCCGGUUACACUGAACAAUGGGAUCAGGAUGCCGUCCUGGUUCGACCUGCGCACUUUGGACGCCAACGGCCCGGAGGACGAGGCGGGCAUCAAGAGCGCUUCCCAGCAGGUGCACGCAAUGAUAGAGAACGAGGUGAAGGAGGGAGUGCCUAGCGACCGCAUCGUGCUGGGGGGGUUCUCGCAGGGAGGGGCCCUCGCCCUCUACUCGGCACUCACCUACGCCAAGCCACUCGCCGGCGUGGUCGCGCUCUCCUGCUGGCUGCCCCUCCACAAGCACUUCCCUCAGGCGGCGAUCGGCAACCGAGAAAUGCCGAUUCUGCAGUGUCACGGUAACUGCGACCCGAUCGUGCCCUACAAGUGGGGCCAGAUGACCGCCUCAGUUCUCAAGACCUUUGUCAAGCAGGUCGAGUUCCGCACCUACCAGUGUAUGAUGCAUACAUCUUCCAAAGAGGAAAUGGAGGACGUGAAAAAUUUUGUCGCCAAACUAUUUCCAAUGUAAAUAUUUAUAGAAUUAGCAGUUAAACUAUGAUUGUUUCUAAUUUGCAAUCAUCUAUCAAUCAUUUCCGACAAAAACCAGAUUGAAAUUCAGAAAAUAAUAUUUAGGCUUAUCAUGUCAACCAUCUUCGCUGCGAUAGUUCAACCCAGCACUCAUUCAUUAAUCGACUAAACGAAUCAAAAUUUGUAGUAAAUGAUUCUACACCUCAGUAACAAGCUAAAAUUAAAUUAAGUGCAUAGUUUACCAAGAUAUACAUAGAUUAGAGUCGAAAAUUGACUUGUUAUAGCUUGUAUAAUGGUAUAACUUGUACUAGCCUAUCUAGUUGUGUAAUAAGUGAACAAUAAUUAUCUGAGAUUCAAACAUCUCGUCGAAAUUGAAAAGCGAGUCUUUAGUAAUAGAGGUUUAAUCCAACUUCCAAUAAAUGAAGCCAAUGUUCAAAAAUAUUUGAUUCGUGACAUUUUUUCCUUUUUAGUUGAUAGUUGAAUGACUUUCGAGAUUUUAUAUGAGAUGUCUGUUUCCCCUGUAAUUGUUGAGAUUGUUUUAUCUCUAUUGAAAUCUGUGAUGUUUUUGCGUUGUGAAUUUACUCGAUUAUAUAUUUUAUUUUAUUUUCAAAUAAUUUCCAUUUUCAGGACACCUAGGUAUAGUAUUUUCUAUCAAUUUCCUUCCACUUUGUUAAUCAUUUAUAGUUCCAAUUUUCUUGUUAUACGAAACUUUGUUCUAAUUACUUUUAACACUCCUCCAAAUAUAUAUUUAAUUUGCUUAAUUUAUUGCGGGCAAAACUAAAAAAUUCAUAGCACAGUACUUACUUUAGUCAAUUACCAAGAGUGGAUUGUAAUAUUACCUUACUGUAGCAUAGAUUUCUUGAGCUGUGAACAACAAUCAUAUAGCUAACAGGCGCUAGUCUUACUUUUGCUAAAGCAUUCAACACUGAUAGUUUCCUAGCAUACACUUGAAAUUGAUAUACACGACAUUGAUAUAACUUAGAUAUAUGGAUUUUAUAAAAUGUUUUCCCAAAAGUUACUCAACCUCCAGAACAUUGAAAUUCCUAAUCAAAGUAAUUAAUCAAACCUUAGCAUUGUAAACUUCCAUACAACAAAUUUUAUAAAUUAUGCUUUCUUGGGAAAAGAAAAAUCAAUGUUUGAUAUAGACACUAUGAUAAAAUUCUGUCUUCAAAAUUAUGAAUUACUCGGAUUACACUGAUUGGCAUUCAUUAGUUACUGUUCAUUGUUAUUUUUUGACUCCUUAUAUCAGUCUUCUACUGAAAUACUUCAUUUUUAAAUAACUAAACAGCUUCAAUGUUGUCCUUAAUUGUUUGCAUUUUGUAUUCAAAUGAUAGCUUAAAUUUAAUUGCUGAUCUCUAAUAGUUUGUCGUUGCACCAGUCUUUAUUUCAACUCUUUUUCGAACAAAUCAAAUUUGGUUGGGUCAACUUAAUACAGCAACUUUCAAACGGUUGUAAUGAAAAUCGUAUCUCAAACAUCACUAAAUAUCACUUCUUAUCAUGUCAAUAUAGCAGGAUAACACCAAAUUUCACCAAUGAGUUGUAAGGCAUCAAAUGAAUUGUGAUAAAGUUGAGUGAGCUUCCAAAGAAUUGAAUUAUGCACUAUUAUAUCUCAGCAUGUGUUCUAGAUGCUAUUGUUUAAUCUAAGUAUAGUAUAAUUUUGAAGAGUGAAUGUUGUAAUGGAAUUGAAAUGAGACCAUUGUCAUGAAUAGAUAUUGUGAAUAACUUAAAAUAGAUUAUUGUUAUCAAUUAGGUUCUUCAAAAAUGUUUUACUCUCAUGUUCCAUACCAAUGUCAGAAAUUGAAUGUAGUCAGUACCAAUUUAAAAAUUUGUCUUAUCAUUGGUAAGAGAAUUCUUCAACCAAUUCUUAGAGUUUCGUGUGAAUUUAAAUGAAUGAAUGCUAAGCUGUAAGAUGUUUAUAGCUUUCUGUUUCUUCAGCAAAGAACGAAUUUGGUUUAAUUACAAACUUAAUUUUAUAAAUAAUGAAAAAUACAGUUCCAGUGUUGAUGUUUGGGUAGUUAAUAUUCAUAUCAGUGUAUUACAAGGAAACUGAGAAAUUAUAUCAAUAAUCAUAGCACACGUGUGUUUCUACUGAUUUGCAGAUUAUAAACUCACAGUUGUAGAACAAUUAUUAUUAAUACUUGAGCACAAGCUUAUGCUACCGUACCUUCUGCAUUGGUUUCUCUUGCAAAACUAUCCAAGUCAUUGUGCUUAAUAGGAAUGAAUAGAUAUUAAAUAUUAUCAUCUACUGUAAUAUUUCAAUAUAUAGGAUAUACAAAGCUUCCUCUUAUAUUAAAAAUAUAUUCAUCUGAAUUCGUAUUGUAAGGCAUUGAAAGUGUGUAGCAAUUCUUGAAUAACAUUUGAAAUGAAAUUCUUGACUAAAUCCUUUGUAAAGUGUAAAAAAUCUUGAUGAUCUAUGAGUAUUCGUAUACUCUCUAUAUUGAAACACCAUAUAAAUUAAAAGCAAUCAAGGAGUGAAGUAAAUGCCAAUAACCGGCAUGUGAAGCUCAUUUUUAUAGAUGUAAAAAAAUCCAUUGCAAUAAAUAAAGUAUUCUACAUUUUUGAGAAACAUCUUGUCAUUAGUAGAAUAACUUACGGUACCUGAUGGUAUAAUAUAUUUUAAUAAUGAUUGAUCAACUUAUUUUUCAAGCAUUUGAAUAACGUAGAUUAUUAUAAGAUGUGUAUGUAUAAUGUGUUGGUAAUAAUUUAAUAGAACACCGUAGUGAUUUAAAUCAGUGUGACAUAACAUUGUCUUGUGUGCGUUUCAAAAACAACCUGUUUUCCAAUUAUAGCAGCUAAUAUGAAACUUGUAUUUGCGUCUUCUCGAAUCUAAUUCUUACUGAGUUUUCAACUCUUAACUGCUAACUUGCUAUAUCUAUGUAGGUUAUAGCAUCCGGUGAAUUAUAUAUUUAUUAUAGUGAUACUUGAUAUUGUUCUCCUAUGUGAUAAGCAAUUAAAUAUUGUUGCAAACUCCAUAAUGUAUUUUUUCUCAAUAAACUAAAAAUCAACUAUC